AUGCUGAUCAAUCGGCUGUUACACCUCGCCAUACUUUCGGCAGGCGUGGCUGAAGGACAGAGGACUACGACGACCAGAACGACAACCGUCAGGACCACAUCCACCUCGACUACCCUCACAGCAUCGAAUACUCGAUAUGGUUGCGGAUGCGUCUCUCCGACAAAUUCUCUUCGCUCAACAUCGCGAAGCGGAAUCACCACCAUAACCACGACUCUUCAGCCUUCCGCCACAUUUGCCUGUAACUGCCGGUCUACCGGCCUGGUAUCGACAACUAGAUCGAGCACUACCAGGACAUCCAGCACACGAACCUCUAGCACCAGGUCUGCAACUACCAGCUCAAGUUCAUCUGUAAUUGCCAGUUCAAGUUCAUCUGCAACCUCCAGUGGACCGUCUUUGACGCCUUCGCAGAAUGCCACUGUCGGUGGUCAGACCGUCAAGAACACUAUCUUAGUCUUAGCUCGCAACUCCAUUGAUGCCGAGCUUGCCUACUCCGGUUUCCAAGGCUAUGGAAUCCCUUAUGAGGUCCUCCUAGUCCCUCAAUCUGGCGUUUCGCUGCCAACACUCAAUUCUUCUGCGACGGAAGGCAACUAUGGGGGCUUCAUCAUUGUGAGCGAGCUGUCUUACCAGAACUCGGCUGGAAAUUGGGUGAGCGGUCUCACAGAUGCCCAAUUCACUGCCAUCUACAAUUAUCAGAAGGCAUUUGGCGUUCGGAUGACAAGACUAGACACAUACCCUUGGUCGGCCUUCGGCGCUGUAUCACUCGGCACUAGCGGAGGCUGCUGUGACUACAACGUCGAGCAGCAAAUCAGUUUCACCAAUACCAGUGGUUUCUCCACUGCCAAUGUCAAAACUGAUGCGGGUAUGAGUACAAAGGCUAUCUGGCACUAUCCGGCACAGAUCACUGACCCGAAGACAACUUGGGAGAUUGCAAGCUUCGGCCCUUCCUCUGACGGCAAGUUCAGCAGCAAGAGCACGGCCGCGGUCAUCAACGACUUUGACGGGCGACAGCAGAUGGUGUUCUUCACCGGUUGGGCCUCAGAAUGGUCUGCAACCUCGACCUACCUCCAACAUGCCUACAUACACUGGAUGACUCGUGGUCUGUUCGUCGGCGCUCGCAAGAUUUACCUUGCUGGCCAAAUUGAUGAUGUUCAUUUGCGAACGCAAACGUAUUCGCCACUGAAUAACUACUAUCGUAGCGAUCCUCAGGACUACAGGAUGCAUGCUGAAUGGCAAGACGACCUCAAUUCUCGCCUGCCAGCUGGGUCAAACUUCUUCCUGGAGCUCGGCCAUAAUGGUAACGGAGACAUCAUUGCUGCCACAAAUGGAACCAAUAAUGGCGCUGUCUGCAAACCUAAUACUGCCAUCUAUUAUAUCCCGAAUGACAGCACGGCGCUUGAGUAUCAGAAGCCACUGGGCACUGGUAAAUCGGUGUGGCCCACAACACCCACGAAUUACACUUGGACCGUGGCUUGUGCAUCGAAGGAUGCCCUCGCAGAGUGGUUCAUGGAUCCCAUCAAUCGUGACCACUUCGCACACGUCUCUCAUACGUUCACCCAUCUUCAUCAGAACAACGCCACUUAUGAUGACAUCUACAAAGAGAUCCUCUUCAACAAGGUCUGGAUGGAGCAGCUUGGUAUUUCCAAAGCAAAGAACUACUCUCCGGGAGGCCUCAUCCCGCCCGCCAUCACCGGUCUACACAACGGCGAUGCGAUGCGCGCGUGGGCAGACAAUGGUAUCAUAUCUGCCGUAGGCGAUAACUCCCGUCCUGUCCUGCGCAACACUAAAUCUGACAUGUUGCCACUCAUUUCCACGACAGCCAACAACGGCUUCGACGGCAUGGUAAUUCUGCCACGCUGGCCAACAAAGAUCUACUACGACUGCGAUACUCCAGACUGCACCACCAAGGAAUGGACUGAUCUCUUUGGCGGAACUGGCUCAUUCACCGAUCUAAUGGAAUCAGAAAAGAGCAUCACCACUCGCUAUCUCAUGGGUCUUCAUCAUGACCUUUACAUGUUCCAUCAAGCCAACAUGCGUGUCCACGACCUGCCUGUCGCGACUGUGGGCUCCCAGACACGGCAGAUGUCUCUCGUCCAAAUUUGGGUCGAAAUUGUCACGCAAGAAAUGGCGCGUUUGACAAACUGGCCGAUCGUCACAUUGAAGCACGAUGACAUCGCUCAAAAGUUCCUGCAGCGCAUGGCAAGAGAGCAAUGCGAACCCAACCUGGUCUAUCGCUACAAUCAGGAUGGAUCACGCAUUACGGGUGUCACUGUCUCUGCGAAGGGGAACUCCUGCUCGGCACCAAUUCCUGUGACGUUCCCGGGUGCAGCAAGUGGUGCAAGUGCGACUGAUGAUAAACUGGGCUCAGAGCCUUUGAUCAAGUGGGUUACCUUGAGUGGCAGCACGCAGACUUAUACUCUUGCUACGCCAGUUCCUGUGAGGGCAUAA